AUGGUUCUCUGCGGCGAGGCUGUGGCUAGGUUCGGCGCCGAACGUGACCUGCCGCUGCCGUACCGAGGCCAGGGCCCUCCGGACCGAAUGACAGAUGAGGAUGAGGAGGAUAUGCAAGCGCUCCCUGAGGGGCCAUGCAGGGCCGUGCAUUUGCGAUCGUUUAUGAGCCGGAGUGAGAUAAAAUGCUCCGGGCCGAUUCCGCAUGCUGGGCUGGGCCUGCAGGGGUACGUGCAGUUCUCGUCGCCCAUCAGAAGAUACUCUGACCUGCUGGCGCACUAUCAGGUGAAGGCCCUUCUAAGGGGUGAGCCUCCCCCGCUGUCAGUAUCAGAUCUCGACACAAUCGUAUCGCACUGCGGCGCCCGGCAGCGCGAGGUGCGGCGGGCGGAAGGGGCGGUGGAGCGCUACUGGCUGCAGGAGUACCUGCGGCGGCUGCCGGCCAAUACCGUGCUGACAGCUGUCAUGCUCAAGUGGCUCCGGGCUGACGGUAGCCCUCUGGCGCUGAUGCUGGUAGAGGAGGUUGGGAUGGAGACAGUAAUGAAGAUGCAGCGGGACGUGCGUGUGGGAGACUCAGUGGAUGUGAUUAUAGCAGAGGCGGAUCCUGCAAGGGACAAGCUGCGGCUCGUGGAAGCACCUCCGAGUUUCAGAGAAGCUCAGAUGAGGGGCUUGGCGUAUGGGGAAGGAGAGGAAGGUGGGCUGGAGGAUGGUGGGGAGGAGGAUAGGAGAGAGGAAGGGGAGUUGGAAGCUGGGGAGGGGGAGAGCAGUGGAGAGGCAUGGGAGGGUAGCGUGGAUGUUGAGACGGUAAAGGUUGUUGAUGGUUUAUGCGACGACAUUUCGGUGGAGUUCCAAUCAUGCGCGAAGAAGAAGGCUGGCACCGAUGUUGAUCGAGGUGCAGUAUUCUCUGCUGUUGCAUUGGAGUGUCGCCCUAAGACCCACCGGUCCUCCUCCCCCCUGGGGAGCUCGCUGGCCAGCACUGCACAGGACCCACCGGCCCUCCUCCCCCCUGGGGAGCUCGCUGGCCAGCACCGCACAGGACCCACCGGUCCUCCUCCCCCCUGGGGAGCUCGCUGGCCAGCACCGCACAGGACCCACCGGUCCUCCUCCCCCCUGGGGAGCUCGCUGGCCAGCACCGCACAGGACCCACCGGGCCUCCUCCCCCCUGGUGAGCUCGCUGGCCAGCACCGCACAGGACCCACCGGUCCUCCUCCCCCCUGGGGAGCUCGCUGGCCAGCACCGCACAGGACCCACCGGUCCUCCUCCCCCCUGGGGAGCUCGCUGGCCAGCACCGCACAGGACCCACCGGGCCUCCUCCCCCCUGGUGAGCUCGCUGGCCAGCACCGCACAGGACCCACCGGUCCUCCUCCCCCCUGGGGAGCUCGCUGGCCAGCACCGCACAGGACCCACCGGGCCUCCUCCCCCCUGGUGAGCUCGCUGGCCAGCACCGCACAGGACCCACCGGUCCUCCUCCCCCCUGGGGAGCUCGCUGGCCAGCACCGCACAGGACCCACCGGUCCCCCUGGGGAGCUCGCUGGCCAGCACCGCACAGGACCCACCGGUCCUCCUCCCCCCUGGGGAGCUCGCUGGCCAGCACCGCACAGGACCCACAGGUCCGUUUCCGGCUGGCGCGAGGCCCCCGGUCCCAAUCUCCCACGGGAGCGCAUGGGUUGUGCCAAAUGUUUUGCCGCAGUCUUUCUUCGCCGGUAG